AUGACCGACAAUCCCCAGUCGAGCAGUGAUUCUCAGAUCACCUUCAAAGUGAAGACCGUAUCAGGGAGCACGCUCGAUGUCACCAUGGGCGGUACAGAAACUGUCUCUAACCUCUUGGACAAGGUGGCCAAAAAGUUCCAUGAGGAGAUUUCUGCAAACUCGUCAUGCAUAAUCUUCUCUGGUCAAGUCAUGGAGAACGAUAAAGCUUUGAGCGCCUGCGGGAUCAAGAGCGAUAACACAGUCUUCAUCAUCCGUAACAGCGCUGCCAGCAACCAGCAACCGGAUCCCGCUUCCUGUGUUAAUACCGUCGCAUCAGCACCCAUCUCUGCCAAUGAAGACAUGAUCAACCAGCCCUUUGCCAACUUAAUGGGCACCAUCGACGGCGGCCCUAGCGGCCCUCUUACAGAACUCAGGCGCAGAAAUGGCGGUGAACCCUCCUCUUCGUUCGCGGUAUUGGAGCGGCUUGUCUGGGGCCAUCCUAACUAUACUCAACACGAGCGCGCGGCUCUGCGGGACCCCGUCGUCGUCGAUAACAUGAUCAGUAAAUACUUUAGGCUACCAGACGGUCACGAGGGUAGACAUGUACUACACUUAUUGACGGAAGCUUCCAGUAGUAGCCCUGAUAUAAUAGGCAAAAUGAUAGACGAAGUGUGCAGACUGUUCGACAGUAUGGUUGUAGGGUUCCCCGCCCCUGGAAUCACUGGCACUGCACCUGUGAAUGUAGUCAAUGGAGGAAGUUCGCAGGUCCAACAAGAACAGAAUACUUCUCAGCCAGACUUGGCGGGCAUUCAGGAGGGAAAUGAGGGCGUCCAUGACGUGAUGGAUCCUAUACGAGAGUUGUAUAUGCUUCAAUUCAAAGACAGGGUCGAAGACGUUUACAUGGACCGCUACGCUGAGGGGUUGCGCCGAUUGAAUGAUGUCGGCUUUUGCGACUUUGAACAAAAUAUUGAAGCUCUGAAUCAAGCUGAUGGAUCUGUUGAGGAUGCUAUUGAAUAUCUCACGAGGAAGAAGCUGGAUAAUGUGCCUGAUAGAUCUUAA